AUGGCAGUGACUUCACUUGUAUGGGUCCUUCACGAUUAUUUCAUUACACUGGAGGACGAGGUCAAAUAUAUUUGGUCGCAAAAGCCCUGCUUCAGUAAAUUUAUGUUCUUCUGGAUUCGCUACUAUACCAUCUUCUUGGUGUCCUUCGAUGUUCUCCAGAUUCACGGAUUUGCCAUUCCAGGUGUAGUUACCCGAGAACUAUGCAUUGCGGCUGACCCUACGACCAGAAUGGCGGGUGCAAUCAGUUUGUGGUCAAUAGAAAUAUUCAUGAUGAUGAGGAUUUACGUUCUGUUUAACCGAUCUACGAAAGUUGCUAUUUUCAACGCAAUCCUUUUCAUCGUUUCCAUCGGACUCUUCUUGUGGAUCAUGAUCGCCAAUGCUAUACAAAGAAAACUCGUGUUAGACGCCCUAGAUCACUUGCCGGCGCGCGGCUGUCCUGCUAUUAACGGUGGGACCCAAUGGGCGUUGUGGAUGCCUGCUAUGGCAUUUGAAUUUGUACUCUUCGGAUUCGCUGUACUCAAAGCCAUCACAUCUUCGUCAACGUUUGUCCAACUUAAUGAACGUUCGUCUUUGACUGCAGUUUUAUUGAGAGAGAACAUUGCGUACUUUGCUAUCAUCGGCUGUCUUCUUAUUUUCAACAACAUCAUGGUGGUGGGUAAAUCAGGUAUCCCAUGGUUUGGAUUUGGCCCAUUCCACGCAUCCAUGGGGAUUGUGACAGGCAGAAUGAUUAUACACCUGCGUAAAUUUUCGGUCAAGCAUCUCGAGGGCCAAAUGUCUACUCCCUCCUCGCCCAUUCUGUUUGUUGGAUCACCAGUAGCACACAAAGGAAAACAACAAGUGGGCGUCAUUACUCCAGGCCGCCAUCAGGAAUCCGGAGACUCUGAGGAAUCAGACGAGGAGGAGGAAAGAGUGGUCAAGGAAAUGCGAGUGCUGGUCAACGAUAUCGAGAACAAUAUUCCAGGACCCUCAAAACUCCCUGAUAGCCUUGACCGCUUAGUGACUUAG